AUGGAGGCCCAUACCCAACAGUUUGGCCGCCAGAGGUGCGAGACAGAAAGGUCUUUGCACGAGAUCACUGAAUAUUUCUGGCACAAGGAAUCUGAUGUGAAUGCGUCGCUACACUAUGUCGAUAGUGUUUUUGAUCGUGAAGUCGAGUGCCGGCGUCCUGACUGGACUACUACUUGUUACAUGCUUGAAAGAGUGUACAACUAUCGGGAGAAGAUGAUUGAACAACUUACGAACCUUGUUGUGGCUUGGUGCAUAGCCAUGGAAGAGCUCGCAAACGAUAAGUCGAAUUCGCAGUGGAAGGAUGCGAUAGAGCACAAGAUGAGAGAGAGGAUUGUGCUUACGCUUCGGAAACCCAAAGACAUCCCGUUGCCUUCUAUCACAUUUUCAGACUCAACCAAUGGCUUUGACCUCCACAUCCCAAUCACCAAGAUGAGAAGUGAUGCCAAAAUCUAUGUUCCUAUGUUCAAGGCCAUGCUGCUCUUGGCCUUCACCAGGAACGACGGCUGUCUCGUCAUCUCAUACUUGGUCACCAGCAGGACAGGUGGAUCUACCAGGGCCCCUCCUCAGGACAUCCAUCAAGAAGAAAAAGAGACGGAAAACAAAAAAGAGAAGGGGAAGGAAAAAUAG